GCGCGACCGUGAGAGAAAGUUUAAGAGCGGGCGGUUUCCUCCCCGCCUUCCUAGCGGAGGGGUAGGGGUGUCUGUCUGUCCAUUUGCGCUCGGAGGGAGGUGGGGUUUACGAGCCGCCCUCCGGGGUCGCGAGGACGGUGGCACUUACCCCACCCUUCCAACGGGGAGACGAAGGCCUUCAGGAGAGGUCUUGGUUUGGACAGCGGUCGUAAAGACCUCCAUACAGUUUUACCUUUCUUCACGGCCACGAGGUUAAAAAAAAAAAAAAUCAUGACUGAAUCUGCUUCUAGCACGAGUGGUCAAGAGUUUGAUGUGUUCAGUGUCAUGGACUGGAAAGAUGGAGUGGGCACCUUACCAGGAAGUGAUUUAAAGUUUCGGGUAAAUGAGUUUGGAGCCCUGGAAGUGAUUACAGAUGAAAGUGAGAUGGAAAAUGUUAAGAAAGCAACCGCUACGACCACUUGGAUGGUGCCAACUGCUCAAGAAGCCCCGACCUCUCCCCCGAGCUCCAGGCCCGUAUUUCCACCUGCCUACUGGCCAUCUCCACCCGGAUGUCCCACAGUCUUUUCAGAGAAGACUGGGGUGCCCUUCAGGUUGAAGGAUCCAGUGAAAGUGGAAGGGCUUCAAUUCUGUGAGAACUGUUGUCAGUAUGGCAAUGUAGAUGAGUGUCUUUCUGGAGGAAACUAUUGCAGCCAGAAUUGUGCUCGCCAUAUCAAAGACAAAGAUCAGAAGGAAGAAAGGGACACAGGAGAAGACAACGAGGAAGAAGAUUCAAAGUGCAGUCGGAAGAAAAAACCAAAAUUAUCUCUGAAAGCUGAUGCCAAGGAGGAUGGAGAGGAGAGAGAUGAAGAAGUGGAGAACAAACAAGAUGGAAGGAUCUUGAGGGGUUCACAGAGAGCCCGAAGGAAAAGACGAGGCGAUUCAGCUGUAUUAAAGCAGGGUUUGCCUCCUAAGGGAAAGAAAGCCUGGUGCUGGGCAUCCUACCUAGAGGAGGAAAAAGCUGUGGCCGUGCCAACGAAGCUGUUCAAGGAGUAUCAGUCAUUUCCAUAUAACAAAAAUGGGUUCAAGGUUGGCAUGAAGCUGGAAGGUGUGGACCCAGAGCAUCAGUCAGUGUACUGCAUCCUCACGGUGGCUGAGGUUUGUGGGUACCGGAUAAAGCUUCACUUUGAUGGGUAUUCUGACUGCUAUGACUUCUGGGUGAACGCAGACGCCCUGGACAUCCACCCAGUUGGAUGGUGUGAGAAAACCAGCCACAAACUCCAUCCUCCCAAAGGAUAUAAAGAAGAAGAAUUUAAUUGGCAGACCUAUCUCAAGACAUGCAAAGCUCAAGCUGCUCCUAAGUCAUUAUUUGAAAAUCAGAACAUAACAGUGAUCCCAUCAGGCUUCCGAGUUGGAAUGAAGCUGGAAGCUGUAGACAAAAAGAAUCCUGCUUUCAUCUGUGUUGCUACGGUAACAGAUAUGGUGGACAAUCGUUUCCUGGUACAUUUUGACAACUGGGAUGAGAGCUAUGACUAUUGGUGUGAAGCAUCUAGUCCACAUAUUCAUCCAGUUGGUUGGUGUAAAGAACAUAGAAGAACCCUUAUUACUCCACCAGGUUAUCCAAAUGUAAAACAUUUUUCUUGGGAUAAAUAUUUAGAAGAAACCAAUUCUUUACCUGCUCCUGCAAGGGCAUUCAAAGUGAAACCUCCUCAUGGAUUCCAGAAAAAAAUGAAGCUUGAAGUUGUAGACAAAAGAAAUCCUGUGUUUAUUAGAGUAGCAACCGUUGCUGACACUGAUGAUCACCGAAUAAAAGUUCACUUUGAUGGCUGGAGUAGUUGCUAUGAUUACUGGAUAGAUGCAGAUUCCCCUGAUAUUCACCCCGUGGGCUGGUGUUCAAAAACCGGGCAUCCUCUUCAGCCUCCUUUGAACCCCUUAGAAUUAAUGGAAGCUUCAGAACACGGUGGAUGCUCAACUCCAGGAUGUAAAGGGAUUGGCCAUUUUAAGAAAGCACGGCAUGUGGGUCCUCCCAGUGCUGCCAACUGUCCCUAUUCAGAAAUCAAUUUGAAUAAAGACCGCGUUUUCCCAGAUCGUUUAAGUGGCGAGAUGCCCCCAGCUAGUCCAUCAUUUCCAAGGAGUAAAAGGACAGACGCAAAUGAAAGUUCUUCCUCUCCUGAGAUCAGAGAUCAGCAUGCUGAUGAUGUCCCUGUCAAAGAAGAGUUUGAAGAGAGAACAGAAAGUGAAAUGAGGACCUCACAUGAAACCAGAGGUACCCGGGAAGAACCUGCCGUCCAGCAGGCACAGCGCCGGUCGGCCGUCUUUCUGUCCUUCAAGUCCCCGAUUCCAUGUCUGCCCUUGCGCUGGGAGCAGCAGAGCAAACUUCUCCCAACUGUAGCUGGAAUCCCUGCCAGUAAAGUUUCCAAAUGGAGUACUGACGAGGUGUCAGAAUUCAUACAGAGUCUCCCUGGGUGUGAAGAACAUGGAAAGGUGUUUAAAGAUGAACAAAUUGACGGAGAAGCAUUUCUGCUUAUGACCCAGACGGACAUUGUUAAAAUCAUGAGCAUUAAGCUGGGCCCUGCUCUCAAAAUUUUCAAUUCCAUCCUGAUGUUCAAAGCUGCGGAGAAGAACUCUCACAAUGAACUCUGAAGAUGGUGAAUUCCAUGUACCAUCAGCUUUCUGCUUUAAAGCUCAUGUUUUAUUCAAAGCACAAGGACGAUUGUAACUCUUACGUGAGAAGUCUUCAAAACUCAAAGAGCAAUGCUAUCGGAUUAUUUAUAUUCCUCAAGAGACAAUAUAUAUGAAUUCUUAUGAAAUCGCUUGAGCUUUUAACCAGGCACUGUCUUAACAACAGUCAUCUUUUGGUUCUGUUCACUGAGCUAAAUUUAUCUUUGUAAAUCUUUUUGAGGCUGG